CAGACGUUUCUCCUGCAGAAAGACUUUCCCCAAACUGGGAGCAAGUGGUGGCCUCAGCCCGCGGCUGUGCGUCCUUCCAGCGGUGGCGCGGCGGCCGUGCCAAAAGGGAGAUGAUCGGCUCUUUACGCGUGGCUGCCCUUCUGGCCUUUGUGGUUCUCUGCGCGCUGCUGUUGCUCUUGAUCAGCAGUGUGCAGCAGUUUGGAGCCAAACUGUCCGGCGCAGCUGCUGCUGGUGAUGAAGAGGAGCUGCUGCGCGACGCGUUCCUCUGCCAGCUGAAGGAGAGACGCAGAGAACUCAUCCCGCUGCUCCACCAGGAGGCUGGCAAUGAACCAUCAGGGGUUGAAAGUCGACUUCUCGUGGGUUCCACUAGUGAGGUCACGCUUGGCUCCACGGAGGCGCAUCUGGAUGAAGUGGGUUGCGAGGCUCUGGUGGACAUGCAGGCGCUGGAGGUGCUCGGCUCGGGAUACACCAAGCUGGUUUUUAAAGCGAGCCUGGCUGGAGGUCAGUCUGUGGCCUUAAAGCUGGUCAAUGAACAGGGCGUAGAUAUGAAAAGGUGCUUAGAGGAGUUCAAGGAUCCCGAGGGCUGCUGGGAGCUGGUUUCCUACAAACUGAAGAAGGAGAUGAUCCUCCUGCGUAAACUGCAGCAUCCAAACAUCAUAAAGCUAAAGGGUCACUGUGCGGGAGUCCAGGGAGGACGAGGAGUCGAGGCCGGACGUCUGGCAGUCAUUCUGGAGUGGGGGGAUCCUCUCCAAAUGAUCCAGCUUCUCCAGAGCCCCUGGGAGGACAGAUUCAGGGUGUGUCUGGACCUGGUCCGGCUGCUUCACUUCCUGUCCCGGUCCCCGCUGGGCUCCAUAGGCCUGCUGGACUUCCAGCCGCAGCAGUUUGUCACCGUGUCCGGCGAGCUGAAGCUCACAGACCUGGAUGACGGGAGCCCGAAGGAGACGGUCUGUCAGACGGACGAAGACUGCACGCUGCAGUUUCCGCAGCGAAACUUCUCUCUGCCCUGCUCGGCUCAGGGCUUGUGUGAGCGUCGGAACGAGAAGAGGAACAUCUACAACGCCUACAGGUAUUUCUUCACCUACCUGCUGCCUCACCAGGCCCCGCCCAGGCUCACACACCUGGUCGACCACAUCAUGAACACCACAGGCGAACUGACAGCUGAUGUCAAUCAGACGCUGGAGGCCUUCGAACACAUCCUCCACCUGUAUAAAUCAGGACUACACCUGGACAACAUACCUCCAUCCAUACUCAGAGACUACACUGUGAUGCGCGGUGUGGGAACCUCCGGGAACGUGGAUUACCGCUGCUGGCCCUCCUACAGCCAGCACGGCUGCGUACUGUCCGUCCACGGUGCCAAAGAGGCAGCUCAUGUCUGCAACUCCCACUCUCAGUGCAGCAGCUUCACUCUGACGGGGCAGAAGACAUGGACAGGUCGCCUCCUCGCUUCUUUCAAGCGCAGCUUUAGUCACCUGGUGCCCGAUGAUUCAUCAGAGGUAUACGUGAAGAAAUCUCUGGAGACUCCUUCAUUGUGACGCAUCGCAGACCAAACGGGAUGAGAGCCAGCUCUGCCAUUGCAGCAAUGCCCCCCCGCACCCCUUUUGAAUUGCAGCUUGCUUCUAGACUUUUAUUUUUUUUAAGCGAGCGAGUGAAUGUGAAGUUUUUAUAAGGCUGACUGCCAGCUUGCUCCUCCGCCAACCAUUUUAAAAGGAUUUCCCUUCAGGUACAAUUAGGAAGGAAAAAACCUUGACAUGUUUUUUUUUUUUUUCAAUACGUGGCCUUUUUAUGUGGCAUGUGUUAGUUUUUGUUGUUAGGCUUCAAUCCUGUAGUAAUACUUUAAUCCUGAGCAGUAACUGGAGGAACUGCUGCAUCUCAGGGUUUGAAACCUGAAGAUAACAAAGGCGUGCGAGCUUUUAGACAAACGCUCUGAGGUUUGGCUCUCAACAGUGAACAUUUACACAUCAACAAACGCCAAAGAGAUCAUUCCACUUUAGUUUUGCAAACAUUUGUCCUAAUUUAUACAAUCAAAAAUGUAAGUGUGUUUACAUGUUUUGUGCAUUUGAUUUUAUGUGCACCUUGUAGGUGAAACCUUUAUUUUUCAGUGAAAAAUGAAUGCUUUUCGGUUUUUUUUUUUUUUUUGCUUGUACAAUUUGUACUUCUAUAAACAGAAUGUUUUGAAUUUGAUUCCUUAGCAUUGUUAUUGCAUCAUUAUUGCUGCAAGUUUUUUUUCCCCAGUGGGGCCGGGAGGAUUUUGAAUAUCUGUUAAUUAUGUCUCUUAUCUGCUCGCAGGCUCACACUUGAAGUUAAUCCGAAAUGCAACACGGCUCUGCAGUUUGCAUAAUAGCAGCCGAAUGCACCAGCAUGCUGAGCUCAUUAUAAGCCUUAAUUAAUAAAUGUAAAUGAAGUCA